AUGAAAAAUUUUGCAUACUAACAUAAUUCUAAAAGCUUUAUUGCAUACCAUUUAAUAUCUAUGGCUAGUGGAAUCUAUUUUAUUUUACCUUUAGUAUUUUCAUAAAUGCAAUUCAUUGUUUGUACUAUCGCUAUUGCAAUUCUUGGAAUAUGUCAAUGUUCUAUAUUUUCCAAAUUUUAGAAUUUACAAAUAUAUAUCUAUUCAUCUCUUUUAUCACUUUCAAUUUUACUAUCAAACACUUACACAAAAGCUAUAAUAGUUGGAUUAUGUUUAGGAUUAAUCAUUAAUAUUCAAAAUUAGUUUACUCAAAUAUUGUAAUUUUAAUUUUUAUAAGAAUGUCAAUAUUUUGGAAUCCUUCUUUAUUAUUUGCUUAUCACUAAUAUUUCAAAUUAAUCUAUUUCAAUAUUUACAUUCAUAUGUGCCUCAAUAAUUAGAUUAUUUUUAUUUGAUCAUAAUUCAAAUCUUGCCACAUCAAAAACAUAACCAUUAAUUAUUUAGUCUAAAUCAUAAUAUUUAUUUAUUUUAGGAUAACUUAUUAUUGAUUUAAUAUUCUUUGGAACCUUGUUUUUAAUUUAUUAAUUUUAAAAUCGAUCUAUUGUGAUAGCUUUGGCUUUAUUAUUAUUAAACAGUUUUUUGGUUAACUUAUUACAAAAUUAUGUUAAGUAACUUACCUUUGCAAUUCUUAUUAUACAAGUAAUCUAUCAAAUUUAUUAUUUAGAUAAUAGCUAUUUCAUAAUUAAUCAUAAUUGAUUUCAUUUUAUUCAUUCCUUUUAAUUUCAUUAUCAUACUAUUAUUUAUUUGUAGACCAUUUAAUGAUUACUACUUAAAAAAUAAUAUAAACUUAGAUUAUUAUUAAUUAGACCAUUCAAAUUCUUUAAUUAUAAGUUCUUUUUCAACCAUAUUUGCAGCCUUUAUGAUUUUUUGA